AUGCUCAUUAAAGAAUACAGAGUGGUUAAUAACUGUACUCUUGAAGAAUAUCAAGCAAGUAUUCAAAACGAGAUGUCCAAGCGUGUCUCUGUUAUUGAAAAUGCAGUAGCUCAGUUGUAUGCAGUAGCUCAAGCUUCAAAGGAAGAAACAGGCGGCGGAGAAGGUGUAGAAGUCUUAAAAAAUGAACCAUAUGAGAAUGAGAGUGGAAAAGGACAAUACACUUAUAAGAUAUAUCAUCUUUCUAGCAAAGUUCCAUCUAUUAUAAGAGUCCUUGCACCGAGUGGUGCUCUAGAGUUAUACGAGGAAGCUUGGAAUGCGUAUCCUCAUUGCAAAACGGUUUUGACGAAUGGAUACAUGAAAGAGAACUUCAAAUUGGUCACCGAAACUAUGCAUGUUGAUAAAAGUGCCGGGGAAAUAGAGAAUGCGCUGAAUGUAUCACCAGAAAUUCUUGAAAAGCGACAAGUAGUAAUUAUAGACGUUGCAAAUGAUCCAAUCGAGCAAAAAGAUUACAAAAAGGAUCAGGACCCGAAAUUAUAUCAUUCCGAGAGAACUGGUCGAGGGCCCUUGACCGAUAAAGAUUGGAUGCACAAAGUCACCCCGAUAAUGACUUGCUAUAAAUUAGUCACGGUGGAAUUCAAGUGGUUUGGUCUUCAAAAUAAAAUUGAGGCUUUCAUUCAUAAUGCUAUGCAAGCACUUUUCACAAAAUUUCAUCGACAGGUUUUCUGUUGGACUGAUAAAUGGUAUGGCAUGACGAUGGAAGACAUCCGUGCAUUGGAAGAUAAAACGAAACUAGAACUUGAUGAAUCUCGCGUCCAACCUGUCCCCCAAAAGCAAGGAGAAACAACCCUACCAGAAGUUAAAUCAGAUUUCGAAUGA